UCAAUAGGCAAAUACACGAUAAAGCAUUUGAAUAAGAAAUAAUAAGAGUAAAUAAAUGCAAUUGAAGCAUUUUCUAAUACUAAGAAGUAAAACUAAAUAUUUGAAUAAAAUAAAAUCAAACGCAAACAUAAACAUAAGAAACAUGAGCGAUGCAACUGCUACUCCGGAUCAACGCAAUGUGGAGAUUAAAGCGCGUAUUCCUGGCGGAGUUACUGAGUUCGAACGCCGCUUGGACGUGGCCAAGAAGUUGACCGGUACUGGUGGCGAGUUGAUUGUGCAACGUGAUGUAUUCUUUAAUUCACCACAGGGCGGUCGCCUGAAGCUGCGCUACUUGGAAGCACCGGCCCGUUCCCAGCUGGUUCAUUAUGACAGACCCGAUGUGGCCGGCCCAAAGUUGUCCAAGUACAAUAAAAUCGAGGUGGACGAACCCGCGGUGCUGGAGAAGAUACUGCGUCAGUCAAAUGGUACACUAGGCGUGCUAGCCAAGCGCAGAUUACUCUUUAUACACGAGCAAACACGCAUUCACAUGGACGACGUGCAGGAUUUGGGACAUUUUAUGGAGUUCGAAGUGUGCCUUCGUCCUGAACAGACACUGGAACAGGGCCAAGCAAUUGCCGAGCAGCUCUCACAGACAUUUAAUAUUGCGCCAGCUGAUCUGAUGACCGGCUCCUACUUUGAUGCCCUCACAAAGGCUGAAAAUUAAGAAAUUAAUAAACAUUUCCAUUUUGCAUAUGCGAA